AAGAAAAAAAAAAUCCAAAGGGGACAAGAGACCUCCCCAUCAGGUCUCUUCGGACUGUUGAUUGUCUGUCAUUUGUUCAGUGUUUCGAGGAGCAGACGAGCGGACCACGUUAACGUGUUGAAACACCAUUUGUCGUUGGAGAGCGGAGGCAAGUGGACUUUUCAAAUAGGUUUGCAUCUUUGAUAUGAUACCCCGACGCUGUGAUACAUGCAUUGGCGUAUAAGGGGCCAUCCAUAUUUCUCAGCAUCUAAUUUUUUUUUUUUUUUCUUUUCCCAGAGCAGGAGUGAUAUAGCCUGCUCUGACGUCUGCAUCAGAUAUUACCCAGUGCUUUUUCAAUGUGCAUUUUCCCUCAGUGACUUGCGUGAUUACACAUACACCAGCAGCAGAAACGGGGGGGGGGGGGGAAAAAAGAAGGGAAUGAAGAUUUCUUUUUUCUUUUUUUUAAACCCACCGCUCCCCUUCAGCCGACCAGCGUUUCCAGCUCAAACAAAUAUCUUUUAACAACAUCACGUUGUGGAAUAGUCUGGCGCCAGAGCAUCGCUGGAACCAUGCCUCUUCUGCAGAUUUGGACUGGGAAAUUUCAUCCACCAAUUUGAUCAUCAAGAGGCUGCCGCUCAGUCAUUAAUGCCAGUGUUUGUUUUUUUAAGGGGAAGAAUACUUGUCAUUACUUUUAAAAGUAUUGUGUAUGCUGUUUUUUGAGCAAGAUGUCUGAUCUUCUGGUGUUGGUCGAGGGGCUCUGUGACCUGCACGGAUUUCCAUAGCCGGGGAAAACAGCGGGGGCAAUACGAGAUUUCUUUUUUUUUUUUUUUUUUUUUUUAAAUCAAGAAGACCUAUUUUAAUGAAGACAUCGCAUGCGUAGAUGUAGGCUAGUUUAUUCGACAUUUUUAAAAGGCAAUUGUUAUUUUUUUUAAUUGCCAGUUUUUACUUUGUGCAUUUUCUGGAGGACCACUGGACUGGUUGGAUUAUAGAAACUAUAUAUAAGGAUUUGUGGAGAUGUUGGGUCGUCAAGAAGAUAAAUUAUGUGGAAUUUUCUCUGCUCUGGCGGCUUUGUCCUUCUUCUGCUUUGUUCAAAGCUCUUCCACUGGAAGCACCGGAAUGUCUGUGGCCAAGACCACCGUGGACAAGUUGCUGAAGGGGUAUGACAUCCGUUUAAGGCCUGAUUUUGGAGGUCCUCCAGUCAUCGUAGGAAUGAGCAUCAACAUAGCGAGCAUCGACUCCAUCUCAGAAGUAAACAUGGACUACACCAUCACUAUGUAUUUCCAGCAGAGCUGGCGAGAUAAGCGUUUGGCCUAUGGUGAGCUGAAGCUAAACCUGACUCUGGACAACCGUGUAGCAGACCAGCUUUGGCUCCCUGACACCUACUUCCUAAAUGACAAGAAGUCCUUUCUUCAUGGUGUGACAGUAAAAAACCGUAUGAUCCGACUGCACCCAGAUGGCACUGUCUUAUACGGGCUGAGAAUAACCACCACUGCUGCUUGCAUGAUGGACUUGAGGAGGUACCCUCUGGAUGAACAGAACUGCACCCUGGAAAUUGAAAGUUAUGGAUAUACCACAGAUGACAUCGUAUUCUUCUGGCAAGGAGGAGACAGCGCCGUGACGGGCGUUGACAAGUUGGAGUUACCUCAGUUUUCCAUUGUAGAACUCCGCUUGGUGUCCAGGGAGGUCAGGUUUACUACGGGUUCAUAUCCAAGGCUUUCGCUGAGUUUCAGGAUUAAGAGGAACAUUGGAUAUUUCAUCCUGCAAACAUACAUGCCCUCUAUCUUGAUCACCAUCCUCUCCUGGGUCUCCUUCUGGAUCAAUUAUGAUGCCUCUGCAGCUCGGGUGGCCCUGGGUGUGACAACGGUGCUUACCAUGACUACAAUUAACACCCACCUUAGGGAGACUCUCCCAAAGAUUCCGUAUGUGAAAGCCAUCGACGUCUACCUCAUGGGCUGUUUUGUGUUUGUGUUCCUGGCCCUGCUCGAAUAUGCCUUUGUAAAUUACGUGUUCUUUGGCCGGGGCCCUGCGCAACAGAAGAAAAUCAAUGAGAGGCUGAACAAAGCCAACAACGAGCGCACAAGAUACGAAGAGAAGCGCCUGAGGGAACAGGACUCCAUUUCCGUGCCGUUUCAAACCAACACCUUCAGGUCAUUUACACAGCGAAGAAAUCUGUAUCUCGAGGAACAAAGAAAAGUUGGGGUGGAUGCUUAUGGAAACAUCCUCCUCACCACACUGGAGAUGAACAACGAAGUGAUGCCUUCAGACCUGGGAAGCAGCGUCAGUGACUCUCGGAAUUCAGUCAUGUCCUUCGACAGCUCCGGGGUCCAAUUCAGGAAGCCCAUGGCGCCCCGAGAUGGCUUCAGCCACCACUCGCUAGAUCGGAGCGCCAUGCGGAGCCGGGCCAACUGUCGGCUACGACGACGCUCCUCCAAGCUCAAGUUGAAGAUCCCAAACCUGUCAGAUGUUAGCACCAUUGACAAGUGGUCCCGGGUCAUUUUCCCUAUCACCUUUGGAUUUUUCAACCUAAUCUACUGGUUGUACUAUGUGAAUUGAUGUGCAUCCCACUAGGAAUCAUGGGCCAUAUUUUGAGAGCACAUUAAAUUGGCUUUGAUACAGUUCCAAAAUAUGUAUACACAUAUACAAGUUGAACAUAUGUAUAUGCAUAUUUCUAUAUAUUAUAUUUAUAUAUACACGUGUGAAAUCUGAGGGACCUUUCUGCUGUACAAAGUAUUAAUAGGAUGACUUGAAUGUUUAAGAAUAAUCGUGAGAGAAGAAUUUCAAGGCUUUGAGUUUCUUUUUCCUCCUGAAAGAAAGAAAAAAAAAGAGAGAAACAAACACACACAAGAUCCCACCUGGGGUUUUGGAACUAAAGACUGCAUGAUAUUUUUGCUAAAAAAAAAACAACAACAAGAAAAAAAGAGAACGUGAACACUCUUGAGAGAGAAAAGAUGUCUCAGAGUCCCAUUGACUUUUUAUUGAUACUUAUUGUAAUCAAAAAUCCUCUCUUGCAGCUCAUAAAAUCAGUGGUGGCUCGUCUGUUCAGGCAUCAGCUGAGUGAGAUCCUUGACACCCCCCCCACUCCCCCCCAUCCCCCCCCCCCCCCCCCACCCCGCCACACAAAACCCCGCCCAUCGCCCAUGGAUAACAUGCCGGCAAAUCUCCGGUUCUACUAUGUACAGCAACCUUGUUUGGAUUAUUGUUUUUGUUCCUUGGGUUUUUUGAAGUGAUAUCGUUCUCUUUAUCAGACUUCAGCUCUGGCCUAAUGGGUUCCAUUAACGGGCCGCGUGGAGGGUGGCUGACGGCCGCAUACCCGACCCAGAGUCAACGCAAGCUGUGUUCCUUUCUCCUCUCAUGUUAUUUUCAGAAACAUGUCCUUGGGUGUGUGUGCGUGGGGGGAGGCGGAAGGGAGGGGGAAAGGGGGGGGGGGGUCUUUUUUCAUAUGGGUUAAAACAAGUGCUGAUUAUUGUAGAUAUGAUUUUGUCUUGAAAAAUACUGUGAUUUCAGAGAGUGUUGGAAACAUGUUCUAGAGCUAGGGCAUUAUGAGAUAAAAGAGUCAAAGGUAUGCAUUACUCAUUUUGAUUGUGUGAAAAAAAAAAACAUUCUAUACAUUUUAUCAUUCAGUAUUCUGACAAAAGUAUACUUGUACUGUUUAUUUCCUCCGAUUGAUUGAUUCUCAUGCUCUUUAGAUGCAGAGUUCAUUGACGUCAUAUCCUGCUUUGUGUUUGCUAUGAGGUGAAGGGAGGAUUGCUUUUGUGAUUCGUUUGAAUUUGUUCCACAGCAACGAUGUACUGACAUGUACAUAUAUUCAAAAGAGUCAACAUAUCAGCCCGCAGUUUGACCAGUUGUCAUUCGGUAUACGGUAUUUCUUUGUUUGUUUGUUGAGCAUUUGUAUUGGAGUCACAGUUUUUGAAGGCAAGAUUAUUUGAUUGGGAUAGUUUUGGGCAGCCCAGGCAGAAGACGUGAGAAGGAUUCAACAUUUCACACUCGAAACUCAAUCAGUGCCACAUAAAUGCUCCGAACUCUGAGGAUCAGAAACAUCAGCCUAAUCAGGAAUGAUACAGUGAUUCUUGGGGAGAAAAUGUGUGAUAAAUAGCCAUGAAUUGAAACAACCAAAAGGCCUAUAAUCCAAACGCAUUAUUAUUUUGUUCGCUCUCAAACACAAACACACACACACACAAAGCAUUUCCGGUGCUCAGGUUUAUUUUGCAAAGGGGGAAAUAGUACUGUAGGAGUUGAGAUGAAGUCAGAGCAUUAGACGACGGAGACAGAUGGACAGUGGACAUUGGAGGGCAAAAAUACACAUUUUAAAAAUCCUCCCAUGCCUGUUUAGCUUCAGCUGAAGUGCAGAUCAGCAUUUUCCUCAGUGUCAUCUUCACUUCAGGCACAAACAGGCUCAACUGGGAGUCAAAAUCUACACAACCAAAUCUACCAGUGGGUCCUGUGGCAAGAAAAAAAAGCGAUUGGCUUAUUAGAAUACACAGCGCAGGGUUAUCCCUGAGAAAUUCAGUUAUUAUACAGUACACAAACAAGAGGAGAUAGAGGGGCUGCAAAGUGAUCAAUUUAUCAUAAGAAAUACCCACUCCCCUCAGGGAGUAGUAGUGUGCAUAAGAUGUCUACGAAAAGGAAUACUGAUCAGAUACCAAUUUGUUCCUGUAAGUCAGAGUGAAGUUUGUACAGUGAUGUGGCCCGAGCUGUGAUCCGAGUUUAGUAUUUCUUUUCGUUUAAAUUUAUGCAUUGUUGUCAUUGUACUGUGCUGUAGAUGCAAAAUGGAAAAAAAGAAAGACGAAAAAAAAGAUCCCCUUUUAAAUAUCCAGUAACCCAUGAAAAUAUACAGCAAGAUGGAAUGAGAGUUGAAAGAAGACAUACUGAGCUGAAUGUUGUUUCUGUCUGCAGCCGAACAAUCUGUUGUUUGUCUCCCAGUCAACUGUGAGGUUCGAAGGAUUACACGACCGAAACAUAGUGAUAAGUCUUAUAUGUGAAGAAAGUAAAUUUGUUGUUAUUUAUGAGAAAGUGUGCCACAGUGCCACUAAGUGAUCAGUUUCUAUUGUGUUAUAUCGAAAAUACAUUUUCAGUAUUAUAGGUGACUAGUAAGAGUAAGGCUGCAAUCACACCAAAUCAGACAUUGCGGGGAAAGCGGCCGUCCUCACAUUGAUUUGAAUGUGGGUAGUGCAUUUAGGCUGCGGCGGUGGGGGGCAAAAAGUUGAAAAAGAAUCACAUUUUGGAGAAAUGCAUCCCUGUGUCACACUGCGGCGGCCAAUCACGUAACCUAUCGGCAAUCAGACAAAACAAAAUGGACUAUCGCGCAAACCUGCGCAUAUUGUCGCAAUGCGUGAGUCGGUGUGAACGUAGCCUAAAGGCUGAAAUGGUGGCAUAUGUGCACAAAUUCUUUAAAAAUUGCCAAAUGGAAGUGAGUCAAGAUUGAAAUGCAACGAUCUUGAAUACAGUAGCAUCAGUUGUUGGGCGUAUGUUAUGCUAGUAGCGGCUAAUGUAGCCUCGGGGCGCUAGCCUCAAGCAAAGACGAGGAGCGGUCUGGUAAGCUCACUUCUUUCUAACUCCACGCCCCCAGAUUUUUUUCACCUCCAAACUUGUAGUAUUCAGACCACACCGACGCUGACUCAAGUGACAUCACUUGAGGAAUUUUAUCAGAUUAAAAGGCUUUAUACUACUUUUUUCCACAUUAUGCAGUAGUUCUCCCCAAGAACUUUAAGCAUACUUUGGUAUGUGAAAUGGGUGGAGUUCCCCUUUAACUAACAAUCCCUGAGAUAUGCAUGCUGCAAUUCUAACUUCUCAUUUGAUACGCUGCAAUGAAGUCAUUACUAGAUAUGAUUCUCCUUUUUCCAAUUUGUUUUCGCAAUAAGAUAGAGAGCAGAUCUUGAUUGUGUUCUCCUUGAUAAAUUACACCACGGCUGGUACAAUAGUUUAUGUUUGAUGUGGAUAGAAAGUCAGGGGUAUUCAGCACUUUUGAUGUGCCCAAUCACACUCAUGUUUCAGGUAACCUUGUUCUUUAGAAGAAAAAUAAAAGAAGGUGGUAAUAGUUAGUGGAUAAUACCCUUUACAAUUUCUUUUUUGUUGUUGCAUCAUUUCAUUCUGGUCUGCACAGCAACAGCUUGUCAAACUGUUCAAAGGCAAUAUGAUGGAUCUUUACUAAGAGUAGAGUCGGAGUGUGAGGCCAGAGGAAACUACUUGUUCCAGUGCAAGACAAGCCCAUAUUGUUUGUAAAAAUAUAGGACUUAAAGCAACCGUAAGUGUUAACUUUUAACUAAAACAAUGGAACAUGUUUGACCAGAAAGAAGCCUAAUCCAUCUACUCUGUGGUUUCAACUUGCACAUUUUGUAACGCAAACCAAAACAAGUAUCAAAUUGGCAUUCAGGUCUGUUUAUUCCCAGAAAUGAAUAUACACAUGCCUAUUCAGGUAUUAACUCUUUUUUUUUUUUUAUAUAGUUGAUGCAUAUCUUUACUGAACUCCAAACACAUACAAAGGAGACACAUUAGCAGCCCUUGCAUGCUCGCAAAAUAUACUCACCACUCAUUUCACUCAGAACAUGUCUUACCUGCUUUCUGGAAAUGAAAUCAGCACAUUCAUCCCAAAAGCUGUGAGGAUCUUCUGUUCUAUGCUUUUACUUUAGGAUAUUUGCUUAUACUAGAGAGAAGAUAGAUUUCUUUUGACACAUAUGUUCAAAGAGUAGAGGAGGAGAAAAAAAAGUUUUGAACUGAUUUCAAUGUGAAUUUUCUUGCCUCUAGUGUAUAUGUGUAAUUACAUGUGAAUUGUACUGUAAAUAUGAUAUCUUUCACUUAAUAGUUCUUAAUGCAUGAACAAAAACAUGGCAGUUCGUAAUACCAGCUAGCCUCACUGCUAAUGGCAUGGACAGCUUCUCUAGCAUUGGCAUACUUCUGCAAACGAAACCUAAAAAAUGAAACACAAGAAAUACACGGUGUGAACAAAAUAAUGGAGAAAUCAGUGCAAAGUCCUCUCUCACAGUGACGGAGUUUCUGGUGGCUCUGAGCUUGUAUUGGUUCACCUGCUCCCUAGAGAACAAGGCUAAUGCUAAUGCUGCUGAAAUUACAGUAUGCCUUGGUUCACUGUCAGCGAAUAGGAUGGUGCCAUCUUGAAUGAAAUUCUCUCUCCCAUUUACCGUAACCAGUUUAGGAUUUGCUGCAGAUUUCAGUACAGUAGGCCUAGAUAUGCAGCAUUUACCUCACGAACAACAAAUCACUGAAUCUUACAGGAAUCUACAACAACAACAACAAAAUAUUAUGGGCAUGACAGGCUAGCUGGCUUAUAGAGGCUAGAGGAGCAGGAUAGCCUUAAGAAGGCGAGUGGGAUGUUGUUUCCUGUUCCUCAAUAAGACAGUGUGUGCCCUUGAGCAAGGCACUUGGCCAAUUGCCCUAAUGCAGCUGCUAAUUUGCAAUAGAAGUCUAUGUUUGUGCGGUCUAGCUUCCGGAAGUAAAUAUCUUUAGCUAUGUGAGGGUAUUGAUAGGAAUUUUUCUCCUGGAUAAAUGCAAAGAU